CCUCACUUCCACAUGGCGAGCAAGAAAAUAAACGUUUUGGUGUAUUCUGGGAACGGAAGUACCACAGAAUCAGUCCGCCAUUGUCUCUACACACUACGUCGUCUGCUCUCACCAACCUACGCUGUAGUCCCCGUCACAGGUGACGUCAUCAUCAAAGAACCGUGGUCCGCAACCUGCGCGCUUCUUGUCUUUCCUGGCGGGGCGGAUUUAGGAUAUUGCCGGACUCUUGAUGGUGAAGGGAACCGUCGUAUCAGUCAGUAUGUCAACCGAGGAGGAAGUUAUUUAGGGUUCUGUGCUGGAGGGUACUAUGGCUGUUCACGAUGCGAAUUCGAGGUUGAUGACAAGAAGAUGGCUGUAGUAGGUGAACGGGAACUUGGGUUUUAUCCUGGAACCUGCAGGGGAUUAGCUUUUGCAGGGUUUGUGUAUCAUUCCGAGGCUGGUGCACGAGCGGCGGACUUGAAGAUCAAUAAGGCAGUGUUGCCGGGCGCACCAGACUCUAUGCCCGAGACCUUCAAGAGUUAUUACAAUGGCGGUGGCGUGUUUGUCGAUGCGAAGAAGCUUGAAGGUCGAGGGGUUCAAACACUAGCCUGCUACACCGAAACUCUACACGUUGAUUCGGGAGAAGGUGCUGCUGCAGUUGUAUACAGGAAAGUUGGCGAAGGGCAUGUCGUGCUCACCGGACCGCACCCAGAAUUCGCACCCACUAAUCUAAUCAAGGCGCCAAAAAUGCCGUCCUACUCUGAAGCAAUCGAUCUCGUGGCUAGCACAGAUACAACCCGUAUCAACUUCAUGCGUCUAAUGCUUCGCAAACUAGGCUUGAAAGUCAAUGAAGAGGAACAAGCGGUACCUCCCCUCUCCCGCCUACAUCUCUCGGCUCAUACGGCAGCAGACGUUUCGGACCUCGUUGCCUCGUGGGGAGAGAUCUUUACUGUAGUCGAUGGAGAAGAGUAUAUCAAAGGAGAGAACGACUGCUUCCACCUCGAGAAAGAAAAUUCUCCGUGGGGGGUAUCGGGAUUAAAGAGAGCUGUUGAAGUUGUGGAAAAUGUGCUGCCUACUACUGUUACUGGAAAAGAAAUCGGCAAGGAGAAGGACGAGGAAGAUGAUAAGACGAAGCAGAUACGGGAGCGAAUAAAAUAUACAUCGACAUCAUCCGCCGAUCAAAUACUGGAUUACGACAAAAUCGUCAAGAAAAUAACACCGCACGAAAUAUCCCACCCUUCAACUCGCGAAACACCCUCCUUCCACCAUGACGCAUACUAUGCUAACCUUACCCACUAUCACUCCAAGCUCCGUACCGAAGAACCCGAAUUCGGCAAAUUCCUUCUCUAUGGUGAAGUCGUCACAUCAACCAACACUCUCCUCGAGAAGAACCCAACGCUCCUCCGCAACCUGCCCUCUGGCUUUGCCAUCACCGCAACAACGCAAGUCUCCGGCAGGGGAAGGGGAAGCAAUGUUUGGGUUGCACCACCCGGCGCACUCAUGUUCUCCGUCGUCAUGCACCACCCCUUUCAACUCACGCAAUCCGCACCCGUAAUAUUCAUCCAAUACCUCGCUGCGCUCGCCAUCGUCCGAGGCAUAAAUUCCUAUGCACCAGGUUAUGACCAACUGCCCAUAAAACUAAAAUGGCCAAACGACAUCUACGCCCAACACCCUGGCGGCAAAAAAGAUGGAGUCGUCAAAAUCGGCGGUAUCCUCGUAAAUUCUAGUUACUCGGGGUCCUCUUACUCCCUCGUCUGUGGCAUCGGACUCAAUCUCUCUAAUCCGCUUCCCACUACCUCCCUCAAUCAACUCGCUUCUCAACACUCACUUAAGCCACUCACCUCUGAGAAACUCCUUGCCUCUAUCCUUGCUAACUUUGAAGAUAUAUACCGGGCAUUCCGCUCGCAGGGGUUUAGCAGGGAUAUGGAAGGGGAGUAUUACGAUAGUUGGUUGCAUACAGAUCAGAUUGUGACGCUGGAGACCCACAAUGGGGCGAGGGCGAGGAUAAAGGGAAUUACGAGGGAUUGGGGGUUAUUGUUGGCAGAAGAAUUGGGGUGGGAGGAUCGUCCGACGGGGAGGGUAAUACAAUUGCAGAGUGAUAGUAAUAGUUUUGAUUUCUUUAAGGGGUUGGUAAGGCGGAAAGUUUGA